CUUUCAGUGCAAUCUCAAAAACUGCUGGUCCUCUCCCUCGGUCAUCAACAGGAAGAGACCAGGAUAGGAUACUUGCAGCAGAAAUAUCCAUAUCUAGACUAGUCCCCUGCACUCCCAGGCAGCGUCUAACAUGAAUCCAACUCAACCUCACCCCGCCCUCCUCGAAGACCCUCUUGUCAAUCAGUCAUCUGAAGAGGGGGUAUCUCGUUCCAAAACUUUGCUGAUUUGAAAUUCUCGUCUGGAACUUGACUCCUCUCCGCUGCCUCUUCUGUAUAACUUCACUUUCUGGGAGAGAGUUGUGUUUGCUUAGAUUCUUAUCGAGCCCUGUUUGGCCGGCCAGCGUUGAGCUGCUGCCUUGGAAGGUCAUCUGCAUUCAAAGUUCGUGCGUUUCUUAGCGAUGAUGGUAUGUUUUCUUUACUGCCACAUAUCAUCGGUUAUCUCACACUUAGCUUUGAAACACAGACUUAAUUAUCCUUCGGUCAUCUUGUUGAUUCUUUCCGGAUACUCUGGUGCCGACUACCUACGGACAAAGAUGUCGAUUUCAGGCAGUGGCUCGAGUAUGAAGGUUAUACUUAUCAAGAAUUUCUCGAAUGGCAGACAUCUUCGGAGGUAGGCCUGUCUAUACUUCAAAACAUGCAACUUAAAUAAUAAUAGCUGACUUGGUAGAAACAGGAAUAUGAGCUAAAUUAUGGAGAUCCCUCCACGGCCAAACCGAAAGACAGCGUUCAAGGCACCCAGUCUCGCGAUAUGGGGGCCUCAGUUGCGUCUGAGACUUGUGAUACAAGCGCUGGGGGUCAGUUUUAUUUUGAUGGUUGUCAACCUCUCGGUCUUUGACACUCCUGUGAACGAUCUGUGGGAUGGAUUCCAAACUUUACUGGGUCGGACAAGUGCAGAUCCAAGGCUCGCUGUUCCUCAUGCACCUCUUCCACAGAUAGUACGUAUAUAUGAGAACUGACUUUGCCCAGGUGACUCCAAAUAUCCAACAGAUUCUUGCAUCGAUUACAACCCAGACGUAAUCUCUACAACUACUCCCAAGCGUUCCAAAACUCAAGCACCAACCAAUGGAUUCCUAACAAUACCCAGCGAGCAAAGUUUGGCACAAGCAUUUGGUCAAAUAUUUCAAUCACAGAACCAGACAUAUGCCACUCUCCAAGAAUCCUACCAAAGCCUUCAAAAAUCCCAUGAAACUCUCGAAAAGAAUCUCGCCGCUUUCCACAAAGCAAGACGGAUAGAGCUCGAGACAUUUGAAUCCAAGCUCAACAAGCUUAACCAGCUCGGAAGAGAAUACAAGGCGGAGAGUCAAAGAAAAGAGGAAGAGAACCGAAAACUUGGAGAUGAGUUGUUAAAUUUGCGGGGAACUUUGUCGCGGAGUGAGGGAGGCUCUGAGAGGGGAAGGGUAGAAUCUGAGGCGGUUGUGCAAUCGUCGAGGGAGAAAAAUCAAAAAUUGGAUGAGAGUCUUCAGAUACUUCACGACGAGAUCUCUACUUUACAUGGAGCUAUGGCUCUUCAUCAUAAGGAGUAGCAAGCACAAAAAAAAGAGUCCACAGCCGCCCUUCGGAAUCUUGAGGUCGAGAAAGAGGAGCUGAUGGAAAAAAGUCAGAAGCUGGAAAUUGAUUGUUCAAUGCUGCGAGAAGUAUUGAAAAACAACAAAAGCAGACAGCGAAGAGAUGCGGAUCAAUAUACGACCGCAAUUCGAGCCGCACAGGAUGAGAUAGAAAGAUUAAAGAACCAGAAUCAAGAAUCCAGUAGUGCGCUUUCAACCCUUCAAGAAUCCUUUGAGCAGAACAAGAAUGAGGGCCUUUCCGAAACUCAAAAGACUUUAGCUGCUUUCCGAAAGGUAGAGGGUGAGAACGACAAGACAAAGUUGUCGCUUCGAAGGGUACAAGUUCUGUUAGAGGAGUUGAGUGAGAAAGAAUCAAGAAGUGUCAGCGCCGAGACAGAAAUGACAAACAAGAUUCAAUGCCUUCAGAACGAACUGCAGCUUUCUCGUGGUGACGCGGAACGAAGUGUCGCCAAUGCUGUGUCAACCCUUUCUUCCAAGGUCCGCGAGCUUGAGCAGGAACUUGGUAGGGCAAGGGUUGAGAACGAAGAGAAAUCCAAAAAGAUCUCCAUUCUCAAUGUUGCCCAGCGAAGUCGGCAAAGGUGGAAGGCUCGUCAUGAUAAGAAAGUAAUUGCUAUGACUUCUCUGAAAGAGAAACACACAAAUGACAUCGAUGCACUUGCAGCGGCAGCCUUGAAGGCCACAGAAGAGGCGGAAGAUGCAAAGGGGAAGAGUGAGGAAGCGACUCAAGAGGCCUCAAAGGCCAAAAUGGAGUGUGAGAAAGCCAUAUUCCAGGCUGUCAUGCAAGCAAAGGCGGAGACUGAGACCGCUGUUCAAAAAUCAGUCUUAGAAAUACGCCUAGAGGCUGAAGCUGAUGCCAAAAGUGAAAUGGAAAAGAUGGCCCUGGAACACCAGCAGUCUUUAGAAGAUGCAGUAGUUGCAAAUAUUCUCAAAACCAAGAUAUUGCUUCAAGAGAAAGACGAAGGCUGGGAACAUGAUCUUGACCAUAAAAUUUGGGAGGCCAAAGAAAAAGCAACCAAGGAAAAGGAAGAGGAUCUCAGGGAGCGACUAGACUCAUAUAAAUACCAAAUUGAGUGGGCAGAGAGAAAUUACUCCGAUUUGGUGAAGUCGUGGACGGAGUAUGAACAAAUAUGGACACAAAAACUCUUGAAAGCAAAUGAGGCGAAGGAGGCAGCAAUCUUGGCGGUAAAGCGAGAACAGUCUGGUUUCCGGAAGGCCAGAGCUGAGUACGAAUUGAACGCCAGUGCGGAAAAAGAAAGAGCUCUAGAAACAGGACUUGAAAGCGUAAGAAAUAAAGCAAAGAAAGAAAAGGAAGCACUAACAAUACAGCAUGAGAAGUUUUUACAAGACAGCCAGUCUCAGUCAGACCCAGCUUAUCAGAAACUCCUAGAUUCUUUUACGAAAGAGAAAGAAGAGUAUGUUUCGAGUCUUGCCGCAAAAUCGCUAGAGCUUGAAAAAAUACAAUCUGAGUUGCUUGCUUUGAAGAAUAAGCUCCAAAAGUUGCAAGAGAACCCCCAAGCUUUACUGUCAAAUACCAAAGGCACGCAAGAGACACAAAAGAUCUUUGAGCAAAUAAAGUCUGCUGCGCUAGAAAUUUGUGGUAAGAUUUCUCUUCUGUUGCACAAAGAGGCAGGAGAAGUAAGAUUAUCUCACCAUAUCUGCGACACCAGAGUUGGACUGCCUUCAGCGAAUUUCGAAAUGUUGAAAGAUAUAAUUGGGGAUAACAAGCUCAUAAAGGUGGAUUUCACAGGAAACAAGGUUACCCUUGGGCUUGAAGAUAUCAGAAAUGAGGAAGUUGCUCGGACGGCAAGGCGCGAAUCUCUAGACGUAACUCGAAGUAUGAUAUCUAGGUUAGCGCAGAUAUCCAAGAGCUCCGUGGCUCUUCUGGCAGAAAAAGAUGCGAAAAUAGCAGAGUGGAACGACAAGUUCAACAAGCAGGUUGCAUCUGCAAGACAAGUCGUAAACGCGGUACAGGAAACAGCCAGAUCCAUCCUGACGGAAACUGAGAUUCCAGGUAUUAAUGGUUCAAAAGUCAAGGAUGUUGUUGCUAUGUUGAACAGCAUUAAGAAAGAGGUUGAAGCACGAAAUGAAACCAUUGCAUCGCUGGUGAGAUGGGAUGAUCAAAUGUUGAGGGAGAACUCCAACAGUGCCCAGGAGAGAGACACAGUACCUGAGCUUCAGAGGGAAAUUGAGAGUAAUGCAAAUUUCACAGCUACUCUUUCAACCAGAGAGUCUGAGCUCGAAACGGUAACAAAUUCGUUCAGAGAGCUUCAAGAGAAGUAUGAUUAUGUCAAAGAGGCCUUGGAAGUGUCUUCUCCAGAAUUACGGAACUUUCUACCAUUGUCAGCAAACAGGAGAAAGAUAUAUUGUUUUGGAACAGUCAACUGACCUAAGUCACGAACCACAAAGACAGUAUAAAUUCGAGUCUGGCAGUUCAGAAAGCCAAAACAGCCAAACUUUCCUCUGAGCUUGCCAUCAAAGUAAACAAACGGGCAAAUCUCAACCGAGCCUUGGAAACUCAGAAAACAGGAAACAACCGGCUCUCUGCCGAGUAUUGGAGCCAGAAAGCACUGUUGAAUGAGGCCACCAAGAAUCUGAACGAAAGAUCAAUCACCAAAGACGAACUUGCUGGUCAGAAUAAGCAACUUGUGAAAACUGUCUCACACCUCCACGCUCAAUUGUGGAAAAGAACAUUUUUCAAUGAAGAAGAAUCCCACGCUGAGGCAGGACCACCGUUGAAUGCUAGUGGAAAUAUGGAGACGUCCGUUGCCAAUGAUUCCAACCAUGAAGAUGACCUGGAUCCCAGCCAGGAGAGAAUUACCGAAUCCAAUGGCGAGAAGAAUCCCAUGAAUAUUGAGCUGUCGGGAACCAUAGCACGGCCGCAAGAACAAUCGACCCAAUUCCGAGGCAUUUCAAGUGAUCCAGGCAGCAAUAUCAAUCAGGAGCAGCCUGCUUUACCUCCUCACCACGAGGAGGGCAUAAAUAUGGAGAGUCGAAGAAACGAAGCACCUUCGUUCGCUGAAGCAAGUCAAGAUAGAAAUGCAGCAGCCAAGACAAUGCCGAGGUUAUAUAACGCGUACAUUACCUCUGUGGUUAUGGAAGAGGUAGAAGAGGAUUCUCCAUCAAGAGACCAAACGCGAGGUAGCGAAGCGGAUAUCGCGAAGCAACACCAACCCAGCCCCAUCGUUAUCCUGUAUGUGAAUGCCACAAGGAUCAGCUACGAGAUGUUCCAGAUGAUAACGUUAUCAUCGCUAUUGGCGAGUGCGCUCGACGAUGCAUCUAUUGCGGAUCCAAACACAAGACGGCAAUGGCAGUCCGCAGUCACAUAAACCAAACCAGAUGCCGGAGAGGUAGAAAGGUGCAUGCCAGCACUUCAAGAGAACCGUAAGUAGGCUCAUGACUAAAAGGCUACCUUUUCCAACUCCCUGAUUGGACAAAUUGUCUAAAAGAGCUUCAGAUAGCCAAUAAAAGCAAUCUCGGUUAUCUGUGUUUUUUAUGCCAUGGAUUUAGUUACUCCAGAUGAUUUAGGAGAAAUUAUUUGAUUGAAGGAAGAUGAGAUAAUCACACCUACUAUUUAUCUCCAAACUUCAUUCACCCUAUUUAAUUUCUCCAAAUCUUAUGGAGAAACAAAUCAAUGUUUGAACACAAUUGGAACUAUUGAUUUACUUCUCCAGUAAUAUCUAAAUUUGGUUUGUUCCGUUUAUCUCAAAUUUUCACUGACUCUUUUUUAGUUGGCACUCAUGGCAACUACGAAGUAUCCCAAGACAGCAGCCGUCUAUGUCAACGUCAAAUCUAGAAGUUGACGAUCGGGCACCAGAAGUGGAGGCUCGUCGUUCAGUGAGGGAAGGUCCAAACCAGAAAGACAGUCAGAGGGAGCAAGUGCGUAACCACGAUUCUCAAGAAUCUACCGACAACAACGCGGAGUCUUCAAAAGCAACCUGUCCAGCCUUCCACCAAUCUCCGGUCGCAGAACAGGACGAAGACGUACCCGAAGAAACGGUUGAUCAAGAUCUCACUGCAAAGGCAGCUAGUGCUCUAGAGCUCGCAGAAUCCCUCUCAGCACCAGACCGCAGUACGGAACCUGAGUACAUAGUGAUUGGUUCCUCACCAGAACCAGAUUUGGCAUCAGAAUCGGAGGACAGUACUCUGUCCUCAGCUCCCUCCCCACCACCUUCCAAAACCAAGGAGCCUGAAAACCCUUCUCCUAUGAGUCGCACAAGAGGAAAGCCAACCCCGAACUUGAACGUCAAAUACCUUAGUGAUCGGGAAAAGCACAAGAACACGCCCGAUGAAGGACGAAGCUCUGCGUCGAAGAAGUCCAGAGAAGCCGACGAGAGAGUCAGAGAGGCUCCUAUAAGCCCAUCGAUGACUAUGCAGAGAUCGAAAAGAAGAAAGGUCGAUGAACAGCGGCCCUCAAGACCUCCAGCUACAAGGAAGAGACGACGAAGUUCAAACGAGUCGCCUGCAAACCGUGUCAAACAACGGAAGCGGAAUGUGAAACCCAGAUCGAGGCUGAUUGAAGAGAUUGAACAUUUUUGAGAAACGGUGAUCCAAAAAACCGGGGAGGUGAAGUUUUCUACAGUACGCUUUGAACAUUUCUUUUAGUUUAAUGAUUGGCGUCGUGUUUUGUUGGGCGUCGUUGUGAAACCAUGGUUGGCUUAAGCGAGAGACAAAUUACCUCUUUUGGAUUUGGAAUUGGGAGUUUGCCGGUGUUCUCCUACCUUUCCUAAAUGGUCUGGACAGCUCACGUAUCCCCACUCCUCCCGCCCUUGCAUACGACCUUUUACACUAAGGGUUUAACCCCGCAAGAUAGCCUGGCUGGUCCGAUUCACGUAGGGGGAUACCUAUCACAAGUUGACAAGGGGGGACCCAAGCUAUUCAGAUCCUUUACUUGAGCUUACUCCAGCUAUCAGAAAGUGGGGUUUUGAUUUAGCUUUGAGAAUUUUCUUUGAUGAUGUCGUGUAUGAAAUUUGACAUUACGAGUACUGUACAUACACAAGCUCUAGCAAGAGCAAGGAAGGACAUUAAGUGCGUUAGUUUAGCGUUCAAUAUACC